GACUUCUCCACCAAUAGGAGAGGACGAGGGCGGGGCCAAGGCGAGGCGAAGGACGGGAAUGAUGGCGUCUGCGGGAAUGGGACUACGGCGGCUCCUGGUGGCCGGUUCGAAAGCGAGCAGGAGGCGAGUGGCCACUUCUCUCCUACCUGUAGCUUGUCCCAGGGUUCACUAUCAUGUGACACCAUCUUGUAACUACAUACCCCGGAGAGCUGUUCUCUAUGUGCCUGCAGAUGAUGUAAGAAAGAUACAGAAGAUCCCAACUCUCAACGUUGAUUGUGCAGUGCUAGAUUGUGAAGAUGGUGUUGCUCUAAAUAGAAAGGCAGAAGCUAGAAUAAAAACUGUGGAAGCCCUUGAGAACUUUGACUUUGGUCAGACGGAGAAGUGUGUUAGGAUCAAUUCAGUGUCUAGUGGUCUUGCAGAAGAAGAUAUGAAGGUCAUUUUGAAAUCCAAGAUUCUUCCUACUAGCCUGAUGCUCCCGAAGGUUGACAACGUAGAAGAAAUAAAAUGGUUUAUAGAGAACUGUGCGUGGCAUUUACAAGGCCGAACACUCAUAGAGCCGAUCAAUUUCAUUCCUUUUGUGGAAACUGCAAUGGGUUUGCUCAAUUUUAAGGCUGUUUGUGAAGAAACUCUGAGAAGAGAACCACAGGUUGGCCUUCAUUUAGAUGCUGUGGUAUUUGGAGGCGAGGAUUUUCGUGCCAGUAUAGGUUCAACAAGUAGUAAAGAUACUCAUGAUAUUCUUUAUGCACGGCAAAAAAUUAUCGUCACAGCGAAGGCUUUUGGCUUGCAGGCCAUAGACCUUGUCUAUAUAGACUUCCAGGAUGAUGAUGGGCUACGUCAGCAAUCAAAAGAGGGUGCCUCAAUGGGUUUUACUGGUAAGCAGGUGAUCCACCCUAAUCAAGUUGCCAUUGUCCAGGAACAAUUCUCCCCAAACCUUGAAAAAAUAAAGUGGGCACAGGAACUGAUUACAGCUUUUGAAGAACAUCAGCGUGUAGGGAAGGGCGCCUUCACGUUCCAUGGCAGCAUGAUAGACAUGCCGUUACUGAAACAGGCCCAAAAUAUUGUUACACUUGCUACUGCCAUCAAGAAAAAAUAAUCUGCUAAAUAAACUUUUCCCUGAAGAGUGAUUCCAGGAGCUUCUUCAAGAAAAAUUACAUAACACUGAGAGAAAGGACAGUGCAAUGAUUUACAUUUCAGUCCAAUUCAGAAUACAUGUCCAACAACUUUGAUCUAUUUUUCUUACUGAAUGUCAAUGAGAAUGGUAAGAUUGGAGCCUGUUUCCUAUGACAAAUGAGUUGUGACAGACCUGAAAGCAAAACUGUUUUCUUUGGAAAAGUGACCAAUUAAAAUCAAUCAGUGAUGUGGACAGACUUCAAUUAAUAUUUGACUCAGAAAAUUUGUGAACAGCAGAGUUGCCAAAGGAGGAAAAAGUUCCUUAUCUUUCAGGGGUAUGUAGAAAAGGGGCCCUUGGGAAGCAUAUUUUGUUAUGCAAAAAAGAAAAGAGCUGCUCUUUGCUUAAAAUUCUACACAAGUAGUCUUAAUGGAGGUUUUCCAGAGUUUCAGAGACUUGACACAUACAGUAUUGAAGGGAUCCAUAGACAUUCCUUCCUCAACUUGUGUUCCUGUUACUUUAAGAGUUAUACUGAAAGCAAACAUUCCAAAGUCAUAUUUUUUCCAGCUGAAGAUAAUAAAAUACACUUCUGGCA